CCCCCCCCCCCCCGAACAAACCCAGACCUAACCGAUUCCGUUUCCUGGUUUGUUUGGCGCCUGAAGAGAGAAUCAUAAUUUAUAUUGGUAGAUCGAGAGAGAUUCUUCUCUUCUUCGUCGUCGUCGUCCUCGUCCUCGUCUUCUUCUAUCCGAUCUCUCGUCUUCUGAUUCUGCCUCGUCGUGGUGGCGGUCGUCGUCGUCGCCGCGAUCCGUUCGCCCUCGAUUGAUUGAUUGAUUCCGUUGGGACCAAGAUUGAGAUCGGGAUCGAUAGAGAGAGACAGAGAGGAUGUCUUCGGGGAAUAGCAGGUACGGGGAGUUCAACCAGAGGAUCGACUACGUGUUCAAGGUGGUGCUGAUCGGGGACUCCGCGGUGGGCAAGUCGCAGCUGCUCGCCCGCUUCGCCCGCAACGAGUUCAGCGUCGACUCCAAGGCCACCAUCGGCGUCGAGUUCCAGACACGCACCCUCAACAUCGACGACAAGACCAUCAAGGCCCAGAUCUGGGACACUGCCGGCCAGGAGAGGUACCGGGCCGUAACAAGUGCAUACUACAGAGGCGCAGUGGGGGCAAUGUUGGUUUAUGACAUAACGAAACGUCAAACGUUUGACCAUGUGGCAAGAUGGCUGGAUGAACUACGGGGACACGCUGAUAGAAACAUUGUAAUAAUGCUCAUUGGCAACAAAUCUGAUCUCGGAAGUCUUCGUGCAGUGCCCAUUGAGGAUGCCAAAGAAUUCGCCCAACGCGAGAAUCUCUUUUUCAUGGAGACCUCUGCUCUUGAGGCCACAAAUGUCGAGGGUGCCUUUGUGACUGUGCUCACUGAGAUAUAUCGGAUCACAAGCAAGAAAUCUCUUGUCGCCAAUGACCAAUCUGACUCUACUGGAAACUCAAGCUUGCUCAAAGGAACCCAGAUAGUAGUUCCAGGGCAGGAGCCUCCAAGUGAGAGUAAAUCCAUGUGUUGUGGGUAGACAUAGAUGGUGCAUUUUCUAUGGUUGCCUAUCAAUUUGAUUUGGAUAGGGUUUCUUCAUCUUCUUUUGUUUGACAUUUUUGAAUGUUGAUAUUCCUUUAGCGAUCAUAAGUAUGCAAUUCUUUUGAUUUUUAGUGUAUGUAAUUCCAUAGACACGUCAAAAGAUUUUAAUUAGCAUGAAACUUUGUUUUAGUUGA